CGGCAGCUCCCACUCCUGAGCCAGACACACCAGCACACACAGGCUCCCUGUGCCCCUAGCCCAGCUCAGCCGAGACCCGCUCCGGCGCGGCCGCCUCUAGCAGCGGGCGAGCUCCGCGCCAGCCAUGGAUCCGCUUCCCAAGGAAGGGGAGCCUGCCCCGGCGGCGGCGGGGGCCGGGGAGCCCAGCAGGGGCACUGCCUCCUCCAGCGGGGUGGUGGUGCAAGUCCGGGAGAAGAAGGGACCCCUGCGCGCUGCCAUCCCCUACAUGCCGUUCCCCGUGGCGGUCAUCUGCUUGUUCCUCAACACCUUCGUGCCAGGGCUGGGGACAUUCGUGUCUGCCUUCACUGUGCUGUGCGGAGCCCGGACUGACCUCCCCGACAGGCACAUGUGCUGUGUCUUCUGGCUGAACAUCGCUGCGGCGCUGAUUCAGAUUCUGACGGCUAUCGUGAUGGUUGGCUGGAUCAUGAGUAUAUUUUGGGGGAUGGACAUGGUCAUUCUUGCUAUUUCACAAGGCUACAAGGAACAGGGGAUUCCACAGCAGCUGUAAUGGCUGGGACAAGGGUGUUCCAAGGAACGUGGCGAGAGGUUGUGUUUGGCAGCUGUGGGCAGAAGGACCUUUCCAUUUUCACUUUUCUUUUCUCUUGUUUUUUUAAACCAAUACGUGCGUCUGUUCAGCGGAGCGGAGGUGCAGAGCAGCAGAUGGAGACCUUCACUGAUCCCUUUUAGAACCGGCGAUGAGGCAAACACGACGUGGGUUAGAACUGGCACAGCCAGCACGUCGUGAUGGGCGGCCAAUCCCGAGGAGGGAGGAAAACACUGGUAGAAUGAGAUGCUGCUGUGGAAGAUGGCACUUCAGCCGACGGUGAGAAGAGUGGGGAUGCUGCUUUCUCCAGCCGCUGGGUGUGAAGCAGCUGGAGACAUUUGCCCUUCUUGUAGUUCACCAUUAAAGGAGCCCAGCUGUGAACAUCAAGAUGAAGGAGAUAUUUAUAGAUAUAUGUCCAGUAUGUAAAAGCCAAAGCUGAGUGGUACCUUGUUUCCUGAGAGUCCUUUCUUGACUGUUUUGUGAUAACAGGGGCUCAGCUCAGCCUCUCCUACUGUAUGUGUUUAUGAUGCUCACUGAACCUCUGUCGCUGCAGAUGCUCUGACGUUUUGCUUGUGGCUGCUCUAAAUCAUACUUUACUGGUCACCCAGGCUGUGACUAUGCCCUACCUGCUUCUACCUGCUGAAAGAAGAGAAAAGACUGGACCUGCCACGAGCCAGCAACAAACUGGUUCUUAGAAAG